CGCGAUGACUCGCCGCGGCAAACACGCGCCACGUCGUUUCGCGGGAGGAGAGGAUCGCGUCAGUCGGUUUAUUACACGGCCCCCGAGUCCACGCGCGCGCGCGCGCGCAUCAUCGUCGCAGUCGCUUACGUAAGUCGCGGUACGAUAUUUGUCUUGAAGAAAGACUACUCGUAGGAAAAGUAAAAAAGGGGGUAAAAGCUAUAUAGAGGUUAGCUCUCAUCGUGUCGGCGCGAGUGCACAUCACGGAGGAGAGAUCGAAUGCCAACGUUUCGCGAGUGGUCACCGCGCCGUGGCAUGGUGACCGACGGCAACGGCACUCUUAUGUCGACGCGACGCCGACGGAGCAGCAACGGGACGCAGCAGCGUGGGCCCCCCCGGCAGCGCGCGCGAGGACGGUAAUCGGGUCGCGAGCGUCGAACGAUUGCCAUUGUCAUUGUCGUCGUCGUCAUCGUCACGGCGGACUCCGUGCGGACGGUACAACCGAGUGGACGUGCCCGUGAACGGCGAAGGAUGCGAUCGCGCGCGCGUACCAUCACCGCGUACAACUAUCGUGUCGGAAGAAGGCUGCUGCUGCUGCUGCACGGCGAGACCACGGCCCUUCGAAUUUCCCGCGCGACGACGCGCGGGCAACGCGUUGACGGCGCGGCGGGCAGCGGCUGAACCCUGGACUGCUGCACACCGAACAACCACAACGGAGAGGGAAGGACCGUCGCCGCGCGAUUGGUCGCCGUUACAUCCGGCGAUUUGUUAAACCGUCGUCGGAACAAUCUCCUCGUUUGUCGUCGUCGUCGUCGGAAGACACGAAAACCAAUGGCGCGCGCACUCCAUAGUGUGACUCCUGCUCCGGUCACGUGACCGAGCCGCCCGGCAGCUGUUUUGGCGAUCUACGAGACGUACGCGCUCCACGCUCUCUCUCUCUCCAUUCGCGUUCAAGUUACGUUGCCUUUCGGAACGCACGAAGUCCGUGCGCCCGUCCGUCCGUCCGUCCAUCCAUCCACUCGCCGGCUCGCGCACACGUAACGUACGCGUAUACACGCGGCUACCGCGGACGCGGGACAUAACCGUUGCGCGCACACGCACCCGUUUGCGCACGCACGUACCCUAACUCUCGCCCGUCGUCAUCGUCUUCGUCGUUUCCGUCGCGUGGGCUGCCCUCCGAGAGCGGCUCUUUUCCGCGACUCUUUCCCGCACUCCAGCACGUGCUCGGGUCCGCGCGCGCGCGCGCGCGCAUGCACGCGUACACACGCACGCGCUCGCUCUUCGUGCACAGGACUGCUCUACGCGCGGGUGUGUGCCCUCCGUCGCGCGUUCGUUUGUUGUAUGUCACGCGUGUGCGGUGACAUCGUCGCGACGACAAGUGCCGCCGGCUAAGUCGCGCGCGCGCCUUCGCCCCGAAGAUGGAGAACGCGACAACGUGCCCGACUGGCGGCGUGCUGGGAAGCACAAGCGCGCCCGGCCUGAUCAUGCUGUUGGUCACGUUGAUCGCCGGCGGGAUCGUCAUCCUCGUCAUCUGCUACGCCUUGAACCGGCGGUCACGCACGCGCCAGGACUCGCAGAAAACGACGUAUUAUGUCGAUCCAAAUGAAGUCGGUUCAGCAUCAAACUCGUCCAUGUACGAACCAUCAACGCCACCAGUACCGACACAACCACGUGAGUUCGGUAAUAAGCGCGCGAAAAACAAGAAACGUCGAGAGGCGCAACAAGAACGGGUUCACCCUUGGAUGAUGGGUACGCUGAAGGGACACACCGGCCUUGUAAACGAUAUGGACUUCUCCAGCAAUGGCAGAUAUCUCGCGAGUUGUGCCGAUGAUGAGAGCGUGCGAGAGACGAGAAAGCAUGUCCAGUCCUCCGGGCAGUACCAUAUGUAUAAGAAAACAGAGUCCAAGAAGAAGACGUCGUCGAUGCAGGUGGGCUGCGAAGAAGUGCAGAGUUCCGCACGUCGUGAAGAUAAAGAGACAGGAAAAGCGUCCAGGAGCAGGAGUCGGGGGUUUUCCUAUCAAAACUCCAAGGUGUCGGAGGAGCCUACGUCGCUCGAGGUGUUCACCAGCGACACGUCUAGCAAUGACGAUGUCCCGGACGAGAGCCAGCAGCAACCGAUGUACGUAAGCGACGUACCUGUCUACUUGGUUUCCGCGAUAAAUAACUACAAGCUGUCACCGACGGAAUUGUACGAGCAUGGUUACCCAACCGAGUCCUUUUUCUAUCCGGGCUACGCGGUGAUAAACAAUGUAUUGUACCCGUCGGGCCCAUGUUUCGGACCCAAGAUCGAGAAUGACAGCGGCCACUCCAGCAAUUCAAGCUCGUCCGACAAUUCCGAACAGGAGAGCUCGUCCGAUAACGAGAAGAACUUUGACAAUGAAAACAGUCCCGACAAAGAGAAGAACCUGGACGUCAAGAAUAGCAACGAAAUUAAGAGAAGAUGCAGCAGCGAAAGCAGUUCCGACAACGAAAAGAGCUCGGACGACAAGAAGAGCUACGACAGCGAGAGCAAUUCUGACAGUGAGAAAAGCCCGGACGACCGAAAGAGUUCCGAAAGCGAAAGGAGCUACGACAGUGGAAGUCAUUCCGGCAGCGAGAGAAGUCCGGAUGACAAGAGGAGCUCCAAACACGAGAAGAGCUGCGACAGAAAGGGCGGCUCGAACAACAAGAAGAGCUCCGAGGACGAGAGGUGUUCGGACAAGAAGAGACUCAACCAGGAAAGGAACUGGGACAACGAGAACGGUUCUGACACCGAGAAGGGCCCAAACAGCAAGAAAGUAUUCGGGGUGGACGGCAACACAAGCUUUCUGCAGAGAACAUGCGCCAGAUGCUUAAAGAUUUUCCACGCCGAUCCGAAUAACGGGCAUAUAAUCAAGGAGCGUUGCACCUAUCACUGUGGCAAGCUGUGGCAUCGCACGAACAACACCUGGUAUUGGACGUGCUGCAACCAGGCCGAAUCCUCGAACGGCUGCGCCGAAUGGAAGACGCACGUAUGGACCGGCCUGUUUCCCGGGCUUAACGAGCCUCUCGCGGGUUACGUGCAUACCAUGCCGUCCCCGAUGUUCCUACACGACAAUAACUACGGCAUCUAUGCGAUGGAUUGCGAGAUGUGUUACACACUGCAGGGUUUGGAACUCGCCAGAGUGACUCUCGUCAAUUUGUACGGCAAUGUCGUGUACGACACAUUCGUUAAGCCCAGCUCUGAGAUAAUUGACUACAACACAAAAUUCAGUGGCAUCACGGAGGAAAUCAUGCUGAACGUCACCAAGACUCUUCUACAGGUGCAGAGUGAUCUACUGAAUUUUAUCUACGCCGAGACUAUUCUGAUGGGCCACGGUCUCGGAAAUGAUCUCAGGGCACUGCGCCUGAUCCACAAGAACGUCGUCGAUACUAGCGUGAUGUUCCCGCACUACCUCGGCCUGCCGUACCGCAACGGUCUCAAGACUCUGGCGCGCAAGGUGCUUAACCGGAAGAUACAGGAAGAGACGCACGACUCCGCCGAGGAUGCCUGUGUUGUCGUGGACCUGGUGUUGCGAAAAGCCCAGUACGAGUGGCAGGGUCUCUUGUCUGGGAGAUAAAACUUAGAGUAAGAUCUCACCACCUCGAGAAAAGACUCGUUUACGUAACAAAAAAAAAAAGACUUAUUUGACAGAAGGAUUCGCGGUGAGAUCAUGUCGCGACGUUGGGAAGCGCGUGUCGUUGAAGUAACUUAUAUAAAAAAUAGGGAUGGACCGCGCUUCUUUUUUUCCUAGUGUUCCACGGGUGAAAUCUGUGAUAUUACACAUAUAGUGCAAUACGUUCCUCACGUGCGUUCCGCCUCUGGUGAUAAGGGAUGCGAUUAUAAUCACGCACACAAUACACAACACAGACGUAACAUGCAGCACGGAUGUAAUUGACAGUUAUUAACGGAGAAGUUUACAACGUGCAGUCGAACAUUUUUCGGAGACUUUAAACUUUACUAAGCUCUAUUUUUCACUCUUUGUACUCUUUUCAUACUCUACGCUAUGUCUAUUCUACCGCUAUAUGUACUAUACGCCUUUUAUCUGACUGCUGUCGAUCUGACAUUACUUUAAUACUUUGUCUCGAACUCGUUAAUUUUAUUAUCGAAUUGAACGACGAUCGAUUUACUGAUUGAGCUCUUUAUAUUUCAGACUAUUAGUUACGUUCGACUAUUAAAGAACCGAAGUCUCUUUUAAAUUUAUUUAAUUUCACCGCUCUCCGAUGUGCAUUUUGUAUAUACUCGUAUAUUCGUGUGUGUUUUGUAUUGUAUAUACGUAAUUUUCAUUUUAUAUAAUUUGUACAUAUUAUAUCGCCAUUGGCUCGCAUUUUUGUACUCGCAAAAAUAUGUGUAUUCGCGAAAAUCUACGUAUAUGACAUGGAUACAUAUGCCUUCGUUAUUCAUGAUGUAUCACUUUACAUAUCCAUUUUAUCAUGCAUAUCCCAUCCUGUCAUCAUACACACUUCAUUCGGCAUCAUUGUUUUUCUUUCCGCGAGGAGAACGAGCGGCGUCAUUGAUGCUGAUUGGUAAGUGCCUCUUGUUUGAUUUCCACCGAUGAUCCGCAUUUGAGUUCUGCUCGAGACGACACCGUGAUUCUUUCUCGAACGAGAUUAUGAUUAUUGACGAUGCCGAUUAUUCAUUAAAUUCAUUUAUGGCUCCACUGCAAAAGACAAAGAAAAAAAAAACUCAAUUUGUAUAUUUCAUAGCUCAAUUGAUUUGAAUUAAUUAAUUAAUUUCAUUCUCCGCGCGAUUAAAAUUUUCGCGUUAAAAAUCAUGCUGUUAAAGUUUAUUUAAACCUAUUGAAAGUUAAAAAGAAACAUUAUUUGCCUUUGCAAAAAUGACGUUUAAACUUAUUGAAAGUUAAGAAGGAACAUAUUAUUUUCCUUUACGAAAAUGACAUUCUUUGAACGUGACGCAAACUCGCGCGGAGUAAUGGAUUUCGAUCGAACGGCAUUCUUGCGUGAAUAGACGCACCGGCGUAGAAGGACGCGCGAAAUUAUGCGCUAUGUGUCAAGUUGAUAAUAUCUCUGGCAUUAUCAGCCACGAGGUUUUCUCUUUAUACGUGCUACCAAGUGCGAUGCACCGGCACAAACAAAGUCCGCGAGCCACGUACUGUUAUUAUGCAUAUCGACCACGUGUGUGAUACACACGCGCGUAGCUUCUUAUCAGGUUUUCAAUAAGAACACGGUGAAUUGUCAUCAAUCGACGCUCGCGCAUAUAACUAAUAGACAUAUAAUAUAAUAUUUUCAUAAGAGAGAGACUGCCAAUGUUUUUAUUGACAAUGAUCUUCAUCGCCUGUAAUCAUCUGUAAUUCUAAUUAAUAAUUAUAUAACGGCAGAAUUGUCUUUGCACAGAGAGAAAGAUUUCUUAAAAUGUUUGAUGUAAUUUAUUAAGAAAUAUAUAGUUGAAAUUGUUGAGCAAAAUUGCUUAUUUGAAAAAUCAAAUACAAUUAUUUGAUUAUUAAUAAUACUGUUUAAUUCAAAAAAACCUUUUUUGGUCAAUGAAGAUAAUAUUCUAUAUAACAUUAUGCUGUUUGAAUAAAAUAAAUAAAAUUAGUAAAUCCAAACCAAUAGAGAAAAAAAAUAUUCAAAGAAAUCGUUUCUCUUUCUCUCUGUGUAGCGAUAACGAAUGUAAUAUUUAAAUGUAAAUAUCGCGUCUGUAAGUAACGCGGAGAUCCGGCGGAUUUUGUAACGAUAGUAUUACCUUGUACAAUAUAUAUUUAUAUAUUUUUUUCUAUCCUCGCGUAUUGUAAUUUUAUACAGUAAGUAGCAUUGGGUGAUGAGUAAAAUUACUGUCACCGCUCCGUUUUUUCUUUUGGGGGGGGGGAGAGGGAGAAAAAUUUCAACAUGAAAACUGUGAAAUGAGGAUCCUCAAAGCAGAAAAACGCAGCGGUUAAAGGAAAAACUGAGGUCGGUAAGCUUUACUCAUCACCGAUCAAUCUUAAAACUUGACGGACAGUUGGUGACGUGAUUGAAUGAUGAAAAGUGACGUAAAGAAGGCGUAUACCGCGCACUCUUGCGCCAGUUGAUUAUGAUCUCAUUGUAACAGAUUUCGCGCAGAAUCGUCUUAUCACGCAGUAACGCAGCGCGCGCGUUUAUGAUUUUACCAAGUAACCCCGACAUUUAGACCGCAGUACUACAGUUUAACCUUAAAGAGAUUUAUCCCCCAAGCAAGUUUAUCAACUUAGUGAAGAUCAGGGAAAUCCCAUUGGACACUCAACCUAGUCGAGUGAAAUUGAUAAUUUUAACGUUUAUAAUACUUUAACGUUUUAAAUUUCAAUAUUUUUUUUCUCCCAGUGAUAUAAAGUGUGAUAAGUCUUAAAAUAAGGUAAUCUUAAGACUUUCAGAGCAACGAAGAGCGCCCCGCAAAAUAUUCACGGGAAGGGUGUCCAACGAACUUUUCCCUUUUCCGAAUUAAAAGGCAUUGUCAUACAGCUCGGAACGUAAAUAUAUAUGUUGAUUAUGAAAUACAUGUAACAUUGUUUCUA